AUGGUGGAAGGUAGUGAAGGAAAUACAUCAACAAGAAGAUUUCGUCAUGUUAACAUGCUUGGCUCGGUAAAAUCGAUGAAUUUGAUAACCCGUGACAUUGAGAAGGUGCGGAGUCUCUUUUUCCAUCCUUCUAGUUUUAUCCCACAAGAUUUGUUCACAAGUUUAAAAGCUGUGAGGUCAUUAAAAUUGUCCAACUGUGGAUUACUAGAACUGCCACAAGAGAUAGGAGAUUUGAUUCAUAUUCGGUUAUUGGAUGUGAGUAAAAAUCAGUUCACAGAGUUACCGGAAUCUAUAUGUAAUUUGCAUUAUCUUCAAUCACUAUAUGUUGAUGAGUGUGAAAAGCUUGGGCAACUCCCUCAAAGGUUUGGAGACUUGGUACACUUGAGACACCUUUACAUGGACGAGACAAAUCAAUUGAAGAAAAUGCCACAAGAGAUAGAAAAGCUAACUUCACUUCGUACUUUGGGUAAGUUCAUUGUUGAUGAUGAUGAACCGGCAAAUAACAUCGUGAAGUUAAAGAAAUUGAACCAUCUUGAAUCCUUAAACAUGCACGUUCAUAGAGAUGUGGAUUUCGAGAAUGCUGAAUUGGGUGAUAAAAUCUAUUUGGACUGGCUAAAGUUGGUAUUUGAAGGAGAAGGAUUUGAUUCAGGGAAUAAAAGUUUGUUAGAGACAAUGGAACCGCCUCCAAAUCUCAAAGAACUUUUUAUUUUUAACUAUCCAGCAAUCCAUCUACCCAAAUGGAUAUUAGCUCAAACCCUAGUCAACAAUUUGAAAUAUUUGCAUUUAUGUGGAGCUCAUUCGGUUUCAUCAUUGCCUUCUUUGUGGAAGUUUCAAUCUCUCCAAGUCCUCACUCUUGAGUUUCUUCUGAACCUAAAAUGUUUUGGUCGUGAAUUCUAUGGACUACCAAAUGAUUUUCAACCGAAAGUGUUCCGUAAAGAUGGGGUGGCAAAUGUGGUAGCAUUCCCAAGUUUGAAGUCAUUGACUCUGCGACAACUAAGUUUGGAAACAUGGGAAGACAUAAGUGAAGAAGAUGAUGAAAAACUUAGUAUCUCGAUCAUGCCACGGCUUCAGAAUCUAGGUGUUCAAUCUUGUAACAAGUUGAAUUCAUUGCCCCAUCGAAUUGUUGGAAAGGCAUCAUCUCUCAAAUGGUUACACAUCCACACUUGCAAGACAUUAGAAGAAAGGUACUCAAAGAACACAAAAGAAGAUUGGAGGAAAUUAUCACCUGCCCCCGCCGUUCGAAUAUUAG